UGCGAUGGGUGAGCGCGGGAAGAUGGCCGAACAGGUGACCAAGUCAGUGCUGUUCGUGUGUCUGGGUAACAUCUGUCGAUCACCCAUCGCAGAAGCAGUUUUCAGGAAGCUUGUAACUGAUCAAAACAUUUCAGAUACUUGGGUCAUUGACAGUGGCGCUGUUUCUGACUGGAACGUGGGCCGGUCGCCAGAUCCAAGAGCUGUGAGCUGCCUAAGAAAGCAUGGCAUUAACACAGCCCAUAAAGCAAGACAGGUUACCAAAGAAGACUUUGCCACUUUUGAUUACAUACUCUGUAUGGAUGAAAGCAACCUGAGAGAUUUGAAUAGGAAAAGAAAUCAAGUUAAAAACCACAGAGCAAAAAUUGAACUACUUGGGAGCUACGAUCCGCAGAAACAGCUCAUCAUCGAGGACCCUUAUUAUGGUAAUGACGCGGACUUUGAGGCCGUCUACCAGCAGUGUGUGCGGUGCUGCAGAGCCUUCCUGGAGAAGGUUCGCUGACCCGGGUCCAGUCCUGCUGCGGCCCAGGCUCGUUCCCACCGGCCCGCAUUCUCAGUCAGGUGUCACAGUGUCACCAUUCCCUAGCCAAGGCCGCAGCCCUUUUCUCAGUUGACUCACUGUUUCUUACCUUAAAAAAUAAUUGUAGAUGGAAAUCAGUUGUUGCGUUUGGUGGACGAAUAAAUAAACAAUUUUGAUUCAGACAGUUUAUGGGGUAAGCGUUCUUAGACUAGUUGAACCUCCCACUUUGCCCCAGUUACAAAAAUAGCGGAACAAAACAAAAUAGUAGAGCAGCACAAUAGAACAUAAUGAAGUAAAACACCACUGUAAGGCUCGUCGGCAUCUGAGCCCACUGGCACUUCCAAGAAUCUGCACUACCUCUUCCCUCUGUGUGGACGGGGCCCCUGCCCUGCACUACCUCCGGAUGCCAGGGCCUGGUGUCCAGUGAUGUCGGCGAGAAGCGUUCACACACAUGCACAGGGCACACCUGUGCACUUACAGGACAGGAAGGAGGAAGAUUUGUGUGACUCAGCUUCAGCACCUUCACUCCUUAGUUUGUGUCUGUCUAGUUGAUUUCAUGAGGAAGUCAGCUUAUGUGUUCCCGUCUGAACCCCUUUGCCUCUGGAAGUGUAAUUGUGUCCGGGAAGAAGGACACUGUGCUGGUUUACCUUAGCGUCAGUUUGGGGACCACGUCUGCUUUUCCGUGCGUGUGAUUAACCUGAAUGUCAAAUAUAGAUCAGCUUAGGUGGGAAAAAAUAAUAAGUGGGAAAAAGUCCUUUUAUGUUGGAAUGCUUAAGUAUCGAUAUGUUAAGUAUUCUUUUAUCAGUGCUUAGUUUAUAGGCAAAUAUAGGUAAUUUCUGUGCACUUGGAAAUAACUGAUCUAAAAUUCAUAUGAAUCUAUGUCAGAAAAGAUUGUUUUCAAAUAAACUGGGGAAAUGACA